UGAGAAUCCCUCUUGUGGGAUCAUUGCGUGGAAUUCGAAAACGUUCACACAACGAAUGCGCUACUGAGCAGCCAUGUCCCUUCCUGGUUCUUCAUAACUGGUGCUCAGGCAAAACAGCCACAGCAGCCAGCUGACCACCACUGGGUUUCAGCGUAACUGAACCACCAGUAAACCAGACCUAGGCACUUGGAGAACCUCUGUGAAUCCCACUGGACCAAUGGCUUUGCAUCAGAAGGUUGUUGUUUGAUAAACGACUAGGAAAGGAAGAAAAAGUCAAGUGAUGACACGCCUAUUGAUUGUACCAUGUACAGAAGCUUGUGACUGGCACGAUGGAAGAAUCUAGAAUUUGCAGGCUAGAGGUAAAAGCAGAUACACCGGCUAACUCUCAAUCAGAUGACAUUCUUCAACAUCAUGACUCAAAUUGUGGUAGUGCGAGUAACAACCAUGCAUUGAAAGAGGAUGAAAGCAGUAACACAACAAAGAACAGGAAUUUGGUGAGUCCAGUGUACUGCACACAGGAGCCAGGAGAGGAGCCUCCUGGGCUGGAACCUGGAACAGAUCCCUCUGAUGGUCAACAAGAAUCGGAGUGCAGUAGAAACAAAGAAAACACCUUAGGAAAAGAAGUAUUAUUACUGAUGCAAGCCUUAAAUUCUCUUUCAACUCCAGAGGAGAAGCUGGCAGCUCUCUGUAAGAAAUAUGCUGAUCUCACUGGCCCUGAGCUAACAUCUGCACCCAUCUUCCUCUACUUUAUAUGUGGGAUACCUGCCACAGCAUGGCUUGACAAGUUGUGCCCAGGUCUGCACCCAGGAUCUGAACUGGUGAACCCCAGGAUGCCAUGUGAACUCAUGUGGACGUGUGAACUCAACUCCUGCACCACUGGGCCAUCCCCGAUUGAUGUCAGUCUUGGUCUUGAUUUUUUGGAACUCUCAGCAAAAGCAAAAAUAAAUAAAUGGGACUACGACAAACUAAAGUACUUCAUCCCACGACUAGAAGGACAUGCAACUAAGCUGGAGGAGAGCAGGAAUGUUCAGAAGCAAAUGAAGAUUCUGCAGAAACAGCAAGCUCAAAUUGUGAAAGAGAAAGUUCUAUUGCAGAGUGAACACAGCAGGGCUAUCUUGGCAAGAAGCAAACUAGAGUCUCUUUGCAGGGAACUUCAGCAUCACAAUAAGACGUUAAAGGAAGAAAAUAUGCAGCAGGCAAGACAGGAAGAAGAAAGUCGUAAAGAAGCAACUGCACAUUUCCAGUUUACUUUAAAUGAAAUCCAGGCACAGCUGGAACAACAUGACCUACACAGUGCCAAACUUCGCCAGGAAAAUGUCGAACUGGGAGAGAAGCUGAAGAAGCUCAUUGAACAGUAUGCACUGAGGGAGGAGCAUAUCGAUAAAUUGUUCAAACAUAAGGAACUGCAGCAACAGCUUGUUGGUGCCAAGCUUCAGCAAACAGCACAGCUCAUAAAGGAAGCCGAUGGAAAACAUCAAAGAGAGAGAGAGAGUUUAUUAGAAGAAGCAACAGGAUCAAGGCAGAAAUAUGAAGAAAUGAAACAGCAAGAAGUACAGUUAAAACAUCAGCUUUCUCUUUAUAUGGAUAAGUUUGAAGAAUUCCAGACUACCAUGGCAAAAAGCAAUGAUCUCUUUACAACUUUCAGGCAGGAAAUGGAAAAGAUGACCAAGAAAAUUAAAAAACUGGAAAAAGAAAUGAUAAUAUGGCGUACCAAAUGGGAAAAUAAUAAUAAAGUACUUCUGCAAAUGGCCGAAGAGAAAACCGUCCGCGAUAAAGAGUACAAGGCCUUUCAAAUAAAACUGGAACGGUUAGAGAAGCUGUGUAGUGCUCUUCAAAUGGAAAGAAAUGAGCUCAGUGAGAAGAUGGAAGUCCUGAAAGAGCAGGUCUCUGUAAAAGCAGCAGGGGUAUAUUUAGCAACACCUGGGAUACAGCCCUGCACUGCUCUUCAUUCUCAGAAAAGGUUGAACCCUUCCUCCAAACAAGCUCCAGGAUUCUCUCUGGAGGCUCAGCUCAAGGCAGCGAAUGAAAUAAAAGGCAGCUCAAGAGACCCUUUCCAUAUAAUCUCUUCCGGGCUUUGAUUCGCUUGACUAAGACGAAGUAUUGAGAGAGAGAUUUUGUAUAUAACUUUUCUGUAGUAGUGACUAUUGGUUUAACUUUUCUGUAGUAGUUACUGUUGGUUUUGUGAUGCAAAUUUUCUUUCUUUCUUUCUUUUUUUUUCCUACGUCUGUAUUUUCUCAGAACUAUUAGACUGCGUGGUGCAGGAGGCUGCUCAGCAGAUUUGCUCUGUUUUAAUGUGUACGUUUUCCACAGCUGUAUUGCACAUCUGCCUUAUUUUUCAUUCAUUGGAAUGCAUGUGUUCCUUGCCUUCAGUCUGUCUGUGUGUUUGUUGCCUUGUCCCUGCCCUUUACAUAUAAUUAUCAUAAUUAAAUUGAGGCUUGUUCUGAUCAUGGUUCCCCUAUGUGAAAACUAAUACUAACUUAAACUCUCUAGUCCAUUAAUAUAAAAAGGAGAAAAUAUAAAGAUGAUUAGUUUUGUCUAGCUGCUCUUUUAGAUGCCAGGUCGGAGUAAAACUUGAGUGUGGGACAUGAAACAAGCAUAGCAUAUAUGAUUCAGAUUUGUUCUUUGGUAAUAUUUUUGUCACUUGUCAGAUUGUGAUGAGUGUAAGUCUGGACUCCUUUAAAGCUGUGGCAGACUAUGUAUAUGAAGAUGUCAUUUAUAAAGAAAGUAGAAUAUGCAGGCAAGUCAGUAAAAAACAGCCUUAAUACUUAUGUGAUUAAACAUAGUUGUACUGUUUUAGUUUUGGAGAACAGAUGUUUAAAGAAAAAUUCAGUAUCCAGAUAUCUGUAUUUAGAAUGGAGAAAUAUCUGAACUUUGUAAUUUCAUUCCUUAAUUUUUUAUUUUAAUAUCUAAAAGCGAAAUAGUUUUAAUUAUAUGUUUCUGUCACGUUUAUGAUCUAAAAUGGGAUGAAAAUUGAAAAUAGGAAAAAGUACCUGGAGUGUGAGGUACUUAGAAAUUUUCACCACUAACCAUAAUAAUCAAGGGACCAGACAGUGAAGGAAAAUAAAUCUGCAUGAAAUUUGACAAAUUUAAUUACUCUGCCAAAAUUAGCAAAACCAAACCAACCUCUCCAACAGCUUUUUGAAAGUAUCUCCUUCAGCUACUAACUGAAAUAGUGGACCCACUUCUUUGAAGGGAAAUGAAGAUAUAUAUCAAAAAUAUAGUUUACCUGAAAGUAUUCCAUCAUGGAGUACUGAUAAUCAGAUUUCACCAGAACCCUGUCCGUGUAAGCUCUAACUGUUUCAUGAAGGUAGUUGUGAGCCACCACACUUCUCUCUGCCACUUGUUUUGUGUGGAAGGUAAAUCUAAAAGCAGUGUGGGGGACAGUGUUUGGUCUGCUGUUUUGGGUGUAGUUCACAUUCUGUGAAGUAGUAUAAGAUAUUAAAAAAGGAUCUGGGUUCUGUUGGGGAAGUAUUUGGUUUCCUUUUAGAGCUUUUCCUCUGGUUACCCAAGUGGGAAUAAAAAAGGACCCUCUGAAAAGGGUUCCCUUCUAAAUGCCUCUGUAGCAUGCCCAAUAUCUACUAUAUUCUAGAACAGGAGUUGGCAAACUGUCUUUGUAUUGGCAAGGGCUGCUUUCACAUUACAAUUUUUGAGUUAAGCAAGUCUUAAAUGUUUGCUCUUGGCCCCUUUGUCACCUCUUGUUUGAAAACACUGUUAUCUGGCUCUGGAAAAGUUUAAAAGUUAGAAUCAGUUAAACCGUGUUUGUUGCACCACUUUGUGGAAGCUUUGGAGUUGUAAAAGCUACAGUGACUCUGGAUUCCAAGGUACAGAAAAAACAUGGAUCUAGAAUAACAUGCCAUAUUAUCUUCAGAUGUGUAGUAAUACAUUUUGUGGUUAUGAAACCAAUAUUUGUUUAGUUACACAGGAGACUGUCUUUUUACACCUGGUUAUUUCUCAGGUGUUGCAGAAAUAUCUACCUCUUCCAAACUGUAAAUGAAAAUAACUGAAAAAAGGAUGCAGUGCUAAUUACAUUGCUUUAUUUUUACAACUGACAUCUUUCAUGAAGAUACGAAAUUGAUGAGGCAGAGUCUUAUUUUGCUUUCCAAAGACAUUUUGUAGGGAUUUGUCACUAAUGUGAAUCUUAUUUUAUGUACUCUGUUAAGGUUGAGUAAAUACAUAAUGAUCAAUUUAACAGCCUGUGUGUAUUCUUUAAACUUAAUGUGACUUUAAUUGUAUGGUAACAAGUUCAAAUG